UGACAUGGUUGACACCUGAAACUUGAAAGAUCCAAUUCCAAAUGUAUUUUGUUUGCUUGUGUAUUGGAAUACCUAGAUUUUUUCGUGUGGCCUGAAUAUCUGUUAAAGUUAAUUGGUCAAUUCAGUCUUGAGUCUAUCGCAAAGUUUAAAAAUAAUACCAUUUGAAGUUGUAAAGCAGUGUUCACUUAUUAAAUCAGUGAGUGAAACGACAAAAACAUCAUGACUUCCCAAGCUCUAGCUUCUCUCACAGCCACUUACACGGAUUCAGAAGGCGAGGAGGACAUGGAAGACGGACAGCAGACACCGGACAAGGACGAGCCGGCGGUCACGCAGUCCCUGCCCGCCAGCCCGCACAUCCUCGAAGAGAACAAGCAGUCCUCUUCUGCGCCCGCGUCGCCUAAACGAAGACUAGUCUCGUACGUUGACGACACGAUAGUCUCAGACGAGGACCCUUUGUCGCCGAGUGCUGAAAAUCUAGAUGACAUGAGAAGACUGUCGAUGGAGACGGAUACGGACGAGGCGAUCCCUCGCUCCGACCCCGACGACUCGGAGGACGGUGUCGUCAUCCCCCCCGAACCGCAGGGAAAAUGCCCCAAGGAACUACAAGAUACAAUAGCAAAGUUUUAUAGCCGCAUGAUGACAGAAGGCCUAGACAUGAACAAAAUAAUUCAAGAUAAAAAGAACUUCAGGAAUCCUAGUAUAUAUGAGAAACUAAUUCAGUUUUGUGAUAUAAACGAGUUAGACACUAACUACCCCCCUGAAAUAUACGACCCGCUGCGUUGGGGCAAAGAGUCUUACUAUGAUGAGUUGGCCCGAAUUCAAAAAUUAGAAAUGGAGAAACGUGAAAAGGAAAAAAAGGAUAAAUUGUCAAAGAUUGAUUUCAUAAGUGGAGUCACUAAGAAGUCUGACAGUGACGAUGAUAAGAAACGAAAGUCGAAAUGGGAUCAAGCGGCACCAAAUGUGGCAUCAAAGCCCAGUAUAAAGCAGCCCGGCCUGCUGCAGCAACCCCUGACAACCAACGUCACAGGAACCAAGGGAACAGUUAUUUCAGCAUUUGGAUCUAUAGCAAAAAAGUCUAAAGUAUGACCUAAAAUAAAGUUGCUACAGUGAAAAUUUUUGAUAUCUUUUAAGUUAUAAGUAAUUUAUUGUGGCACCUUAGUGCCAAGCUUGAACUUUCAUGAUUGUAAAUAAUAAAAUUUUAAAUCAUAUAUAAAACAGCAUUGUUU